UCCCCCAUAUGGGACGUAGUGCCUCAAGAAAACAGAGCAAAGUAGAGCUUCACUUCAAACCUCUGCUACUUUCAAGGGGAAAGGGUUAUUUUUUAUAUUUCUAAAAAAGUCACAGGCUGGCAAUAACUCAUUUCAGUGUGCAGUUCUGCCACUGAGUAGUUUGCUAUCUUUGGCAGCAUGUCUUCAUGCUGUUGGACAGACUGUGUAUGGAGGAAUGAGGACUCGUCCACUUUCUAGGAAGGUUCACACAAAUCUGACCUCCAGCUGCAAUCCUGAAGCAGCUUCCCUGUUUUCUCACUGAUUGGCACCAUGGCGACUCUACAACAGAGGUGUGAAGGGACCACUGACUGAAGAGUGUGAUCAGAUCUGAGGCUGCUGGGAUUUGCAACCAAGAUCCACGUAAAAAGUUUUCAGUCUUGCAAGCUGCUUUAAUGAUGGAUUAGACAGAUUUUAGUAUUUUGAGUUUACAUUCUAAAGGUAUAGCAGCUUGAUUUGCAGACAUCUGUGCAGACUGCCAUGGAUCAUGUGCUGAACAUAGCUGACUAUUACGUCCUCACUCCGUAUGUUUACCCGACCUUGUGGCCCGAGGACUCGGCCGUGCGUCAGAUCAUCAGCCUCUGGGUGGUGACCAACCUGGGAGCACUGUUCAUUUACCUGGGCUUUGGUGGUCUCAGCUUCUACUACGUGUUUGACCAUAAACUAAUGAAACAUCCACAGUUUGUAAAGAACCAAGUAAGAAAAGAGAUCCAGUUGGGAACUGUCUCCAUCUUCUGGAUGAGUUUCCCCACUGUGGCCCUUUUCUUCUUGGAGAUCAGAGGACACAGCAAACUUUAUGACAACAUCAAUGAAUCUACCUUGGGCUGGUCAGGGGUGUUCCUGAGCAUCGCUGGUUUCUUGUUCUUUACUGACAUGUGCAUCUACUGGAUACACCGCUGGAUGCACCAUAAGAGCAUUUACAAGCACUUGCAUAAGCAGCACCAUAUAUUCAAGAUCCCUACACCGUUUGCCAGCCAUGCCUUCCACCCACUCGACGGCUUCCUGCAGAGCUUACCUUACCACGUCUACCCUUUCAUCUUCCCCCUCCACAAGGUGGUCUACCUCUCACUCUUUGUCUUUGUCAACAUCUGGACUAUUUCCAUACAUGAUGGAGACUACCGCCUCCCGGGUAACCUGAUAUUUCUCAUCAACGGCGCCGCUCACCACGUAGACCAUCACCUGUACUUCAACUACAACUACGGACAAUACUUCACACUUUGGGAUCGCCUGGGGGGCUCCUACCGACACCCCUCGGCGCUGCUGGGAAAGGGGCCACACGACCACAUUCGCAGGCUCAUGGCGGAGGCUGCAUGGACACAGUGAUGAUGAAGCUACACUCAGGACUUCUGCCCUGGUUUGAAGCCAUCAUUGAAGAUCAAGAGCGCAAGUUAUCCACAACUAGGAUGUAAUGAUGACUGCUUUUCUGUAUUCCCAAAAGGAAACUGUGCUGGUGUGAUAUGUUUACAUGCACUGCAAGAGAGGUUAAAAUGACCCCUGUGUAGGCAAAGUAUAGGCUAGUUACAGUUAUUCUACCUGCUGUAAUACAGUCUUGGUAACUGUGACGUGAAUUGCAUUUCUGUCUGGAUUUUUUUCUACGUGUCAUUUUCAUGUUUUAUAUUGAUAUAGUAUAAUAAAAAUGUUGUCUUUGUGUCCUUAUGAUGGAUAUUUUUAGUGUAUUUCAUCCAUACAAUCAUCUGUGCAUUCAUUUUUUUCCAUUCAGUUUGAAAAAAAGAAAAAUACAGAAUGUGCCUUUCUUGCCUUUUCCAGGCUUUAAAGCUGCAGUUAGCAGUAAUUUCUUGCUAAAUAUCAGUGAAACAUACUCACUGACCUGGAGUUACAUCCAGUAACUACUCUAUUCUGAGCUUACUGUUCUUGUCCUGGAUAGGUACGUUGGUAACUUCACUUUGUUGUAAUAUCCAAAUGUGUGGCAAUGGUUGGUUAGGUUGUGAAAGCAGAUUUACAGUGCAAGCAGCCAAAGAGGUAUCUGGUAAUCAAAGGCUGCUACCUGUGGCUAAUUCACUUGAAGUUCUAGCUUACUUGUCAUGUUCAUGUUUACAACCAAUCCUGUGUUGAAGUGUGUGUGCGCCUGUGCUUGUCUGCUGUCUGUAUUUAUAAAUUCUGGCUUUAUUUUUUUCUUAAUUUUUACCUACCCCAAUUACAAGGGAGAAAAGGGAAGUGAAUGUGUGUUUUCCUGCUUUCUUGCAAUGAUUAUUUUGUAAGCAAUCUUGUAAAAGUAGCAAAUUUGAAAUAAAGUACGGUGUUUCAUCAGUCUGACAGGUGGACUGCAGCCUAGUAUGAAGGUUUUGUCUUGUCUAAUUACAGCAGAACUCUCAAAUUCAAGUGUCAGGACUUUCUGAAUUAAUAUUGAUGUAUUUUACUCAUGGAGUUGUUUAUAUAAUUACACAGUAGUUCACUACAGUGCAGUCCAAUUAGUUUACAGCUCAUUUAAAAGGGACAAAAUAAAGCUUGUUAUCCCAA